CUCCAGGCACGGCGUCGGCCCGGUGCAUCUCCACUCCUCCGCCACCUCGGACGCGCAGCAGCACGCCACUUGAUCAUCUUCCCAACCUCACUUGCUUUUUGCUCCAUCUCUUCUUUUGCAUCUUCCCACUUUCAUUCACAUUCACACACCAUGGCACCAAAGGAGAUCGACGGCGCCGAGGUCGCAAAGCACAACAGCCGCGAGAACGGCGUGUGGAUUGUGGUGCACGACCACGUUUACGAUGUGACCGACUUCCUCGACGAACACCCCGGUGGAGCCGAGAUCAUCCUCCGCUACGCGGGGAAGGAUGCCUCGGAGGAGUACGACCCGAUCCACCCUCCCGACGCGAUCAAGGAGAACCUCGAGCCAGAGAAGCAGCUUGGUCCUCUCAAGAAGGGGACGCUGAAGGAGGAGGCUGCAGCCAAGGUUGAAGAGGUCAACCCUCCGCCUGCGGCCGUCGCUUCGGGCGGUGGUGGCACUGUGGCAGCGCCGGAGCCGUACGUGAAGCCCGGUCUCGACCAGAUCCUUUCGCUGCACGACUUUGAGGCGGUUGCGCGCAUGACCAUGUCUCGCCGCGGGUGGAACUACUACUCGUCUGGAGCCGAUGAUGAGAUCACCAUGCGCGAGAAUUACAACGCAUACCAGCGCGUGUGGUUCCGCCCGCGCGUGCUCCGCGACGUCGGCAAGGUCGACUACUCGACCAAGAUUCUCGGCUUCGACUCGUCCAUGCCGAUCUACAUCACCGCCACCGCGCUCGGCAAGCUCGGCCACCCCGAAGGCGAGGUGUGUCUCACCAAGGCCGCGCAUGAGCACAACGUUAUCCAGAUGAUCCCCACGCUCGCCUCGUGCUCGUUCGACGAGAUGGUGGACGCUGCUGCGCCAGGUCAGGUCCAGUUCCUUCAGCUCUAUGUCAACUCGGACCGCUCGCGCACUCGCAAGAUAAUCAAGCACGCCGCAGAGCGUGGCGUCAAGGCCCUCUUCAUCACUGUCGACGCACCGCAACUCGGCCGUCGUGAGAAGGACAUGCGCACAAAGUUCGAGGGUAACGCAUCGGCGCACCAGACCAAGGGUGGGGACAAGGUUCAGCGCGACUCGGGUGCCGCGCGUGCGAUCUCGUCGUUCAUCGACCCGGGGCUGAACUGGAAGGACAUUCCGGAGCUGCGCGAGGCGGCAGGGAAGAUGAAGAUUCUGCUCAAGGGUGUGCAGUGCUGGGAGGACGCAGUGCUCGCCGCCGAGGCGGGCGUGGACGGCAUCGUGCUUUCGAAUCACGGAGGUCGCCAGCUCGACUUUGCCCCUGCGGCAAUCACCAUCCUCCCUGAGGUCGUUCAGCAGCUGCACCACCGCGGAUUGCUGCACAAGGCGGACGGGACGCGCUUCGAGAUCAUGAUUGACGGCGGUGUGCGCCGUGCCACAGACGUCCUCAAGGCUGUCGCGCUUGGUGCGACCGCCGUCGGUAUUGGCCGCCCCAUGAUCUACGCCAUGAGCGGGUACGGCACCGAGGGCGUCUCCCGAGCCCUCCAGAUCCUCAAGGACGAGUUCGAGAUGAACAUGCGUCUCAUUGGUGCCCCGAAGCUCGAGGACGUCAACCCCUCCAUGGUCGACAUUAGCGCGCUGCGCACCCCCAACGUGGGGCCCACUGCCUACGCCACAAACUACGAGCUCAUGAUGCCUGCCGGCAUCAAGUCGAAGCUUUAAGCCUUGUAUAGAUCCGAUAGCUCCAGCAGAUGUACUGAUACGACAUUG